AUGGCCGCCACAUUACCCUCAAGCUCAUCCGAACACCACUUCUCCAUCUCGAGCAUCAUCUCGAGAUUUCGGUCAAAGAGAGGAACGAGCACCAAAAAGCCGGAUGCGCAACCAGUGCAGGAUAUCUCACAAGAGACGCGACUGCCGCUAAAGCCGGCGCCGUUACCUUUAGUCCUACCAGAACAUCAACGAACCCUAUCAAGACUCGGUUGGACCACUGUCACCUUUCCUGACCCUUCAUCAGCACAAACAUCUCCAGAAGUAGAGAAUCAUCAUGCGCCAGCACCUAGACCUCAUCCUCUUCAAACUGCGUACGAGCAGCUAUUCGCAGCAAGUCAAGCUUUCUUCAACCAGCCCGAUAGGGAAAAGCAGCAGUGGAAGCACAAACUCAGGUCUGAAGAAGGCUGGUCCAAGAUCCCCGGAGAAAAGGAGUUCAUCACGUUAAGGACUUUGGAGUAUUGUCCAGAAGUCUUGAGAGAGCCCGCUAAGAGGUAUUGGGACCUCAUUGGACAGCACUGCUCAAACACGUUGGGUAGAAUCUCGACAUCCCUUGGACUACUGGACGGCGAAGAUGAGGGACUGAGACAAUAUGUCGGACCUUGCGGUUCAUUGCAGGAUUCAGAUAAGAAGAAAACAGCAACGAUGUUGCGUUUGUUUCGAUAUGAAGGCUGGGAGGCAAAAGUCGUGGCUGAACCGCACGCUGAUCUAGGACUGCUAAGUGUAGUAGUGGGUAACGUGCCUGGUCUGGAGGUUUGGGAUGGGGCCAACUGGUUCGCGGUGGAGAAAGUAGUCGAGGAUUCUGGGAGAAAAGGAGCUACUAUGCUUGCUGGACGCCAACUCGAACGACUCUCCAAUGGAAGAUAUCCUGCCGGCGGUCAUCGCGUUGUAGCUUACGGGACACCAGAGCCAUCUUUGAACCCUCCCGCCCCUAUCUCACACCCUAUCUCCACUACUUCCGCUUCCGCUCCUUCGGGCAGUGACAAGAGAUACCGUUUCUCGAUCGUCUUCGUUCUCCGCGCUCACGAACCUAUCAUCAUCAAAUCUGAUUCCUUGGAAACUGAAAUCACUGGAAAAUGGCUGGAACCUAUGAACGGCAUUACCGCUGGUAAGUUUUACGAGAAGAUUCGAGGUCAGCAUUUCAAUAUCAACAUUGAUAUGGAUGAGAGGGAGAAGCAAAGAAACAAGCUGAACAACAUCAAAGGGGGGAAGAAAGAUGAGAUGUGGAAGGACGUGAAUAACAAUGUGGUAAGCAGUGGUUAA